AUGAAACCGAAACUAGAAACAAGGGUAGGUGAUUGAUCUAGUUGAACGUGUGUUCUAGUCAGUCUCGUCGGGGAAAGUUCGAACGUUCGAGCUCUUCCUGAUCAAGUUGAAUUUAGCUUCUUCGUGGCUUUGCCAUUGUUACGCUGCACAAGACGUUAUGAGUAGCUCCGGAUCAUCAAGCGAUCAGAUCAAUGAUGGGGUGCUUUCGUCUAUUCACGACUACAUAAAGACCUUGGAAGAGUUGAUACUACGCCUCAAGAUCGAUCAUGAAGCGAGAAAAUCGGCCUCGACGGGCGCACUCGAAAGUGAGCACAUGCUGCUUGAAGAGCAUGUUGCCAACAUCAACAGCUUCGCCUCAGAAUCAUCACUGCUGCCAAGCUUACAACUAGCUCAUGAACAGGUGAAUCUGUUGCUUGGUGUGGACAGAAGCCUUAGCAGCGAAGUCAUGGCCAUCUGUGCUGAAAAUCAGCGAAUAUGCAAAGAAGUCAUGGAGAAACAGCAGGAGCUCGACAAGGCCAAUGCAACAAUAAGGAAACUGAAGACUGCUUACCAUGGUUGUAUUGGUGAAAAGAUUUCAUCCGAGGAAAUGCAGGAUCAAGGAGGCAAGCAUUCCUUGAAAGAGCAAAGAAAGCUACAAGAAGAGCAAUAUAAGCUGAAAGUUUUGAACAACAUCUUGUUGCAGGUGCUAACCUCGUCUGGAAUUAACUGGGCACAAAACGAACACGUCACUAAGCUACUUGACGAGAUUUCACAAUUCGUGUAGACAUUUUCAUGUUGUCAAAGUGUAUAGCGCUUUUACUGAAAGAAGACAAGUGGCCAGAUGUUCAUACUUCGUCAGAUUUUAAAAUUUUAUAUUGUCAUGAAUAAAGUUUUACCGAGAUUGCUUA